CCUCGCGCGCUCCUGCUCCGCCGCGACCAUCCGGGGGGCUGCUCCUCCCAAGUACCAUGUGUGACGGCGCCCUGCUGCCUCCCCUCGCCCUGCCCUUGCUGCUGCUGCUGGUUUGGGGACUGGACCCGGGCACAGGAGCCAUGGUUCUCAUCCUGGCGCUGGCAUCCGACUUCCCCCGGAAGACUUGUUCCCUGGUGGCGAGGCCCCACCCCACCCGAGAGCUGGAAUUCCUGGCAGGGUCCCAGGUGCUGCUGCUGGUUUGGGACCUCCUUUGGGGGAUCGCUUGCCCGGGGCAAGGAGGAGCCUUUCUGGCUAUUGACGUGGGGGUCUCUGAUGAUAGCAGUGGCGUCGGCCUCAUCCAGCUGGGGCAGGAACAGGUGCUCCUCCAGCCCCUCAACAGCUCCCGGGGCCCACACGGCGGCCGAGAACACCUGCUCAGGCGCAAAUGGUCCCUGGCACCCAGCCCCUCCGCCCAGGCCCAGGCCCCGGGCCCGCUCUGCCAGGUGCUAACAGAAAAGAAGAAGCCGGGGAAGGGCGGGCCGUCGCUGGACUGGCGGGAGCGGAGGAGCGCCAUCCGGCUCACCAACGAGCACACAGUGGAGACCCUGGUAGUGGCCGAUGCCGACAUGGUGCAGUACCACGGGGCCGAGGCCGCGCAGAGGUUCAUCCUCACCGUCAUGAACAUGGUUUACAAUAUGUUCCAGCACCAGACCCUGGGGAUUAAGGUGAACAUCCAGGUCACCAAGCUCGUGCUGCUGCGACAGCGCCCUGCCAAACUGUCCAUUGGGCAUCACGGAGAGCGGUCCCUGGAGAGCUUCUGCCACUGGCAGAACGAGGAGUACGGAGGCGCCCGGUACCUUGGCAACAACCAGGUGCCCGGAGGCAAGGACGACACGCCCCCCGUGGAUGCCGCCGUGUUCGUGACCAGGACAGAUUUCUGCGUGCACAAAGACGAACCGUGUGACACCGUCGGGAUUGCUUACUUAGGAGGCGUGUGCAGUGCCAAGAGGAAGUGUGUGCUCGCCGAGGACAACGGCCUCAACCUCGCCUUCACCAUCGCCCACGAGCUGGGCCACAACUUGGGCAUGAACCACGACGACGACCAUGCGUCCUGCGCCGGCAGGUCCCACAUCAUGUCGGGGGAGUGGGUGAAAGGCCGGAACCCCAGCGACCUCUCCUGGUCCUCCUGCAGCCGAGAUGACCUUGAAAACUUCCUCAAGUCGAAAGUCAGCACCUGCUUGCUGGUCACGGACCCCCGGAGCCAGCACGCCGUGCGCCUCCCUCACAAGCUGCCUGGCAUGCACUACAGCGCCAACGAGCAGUGCCAGAUCCUGUUUGGCACCAACGCCACCUUCUGCAGAAACAUGGAGCAUCUGAUGUGCGCGGGGCUGUGGUGCCUGGUGGAAGGAGACGCCUCCUGCAAGACGAAGCUGGACCCGCCCCUGGAUGGCACCGAGUGUGGGGCCGACAAGGUACCCACCCCCGCCAACCCCCGUGGGCAGCCCCCGUCCCUUGGGCAUUGGGCACUGUUCUCAGACACCCCCGGGAAAUCUGGNNNNUUCAGGCAGAGGAAAUGCGACAACCCCCCCCCCGGGCCCGGAGGCGCGCACUGCCUGGGCGCCAGCGUGGAGCACGCGGUCUGCGAGAACCCGCCCUGCCCCAAGGGCCUGCCCAGCUUCCGGGACCAGCAGUGCCAGACCCAUGACCGGCUGAGCAGCAAGAAGAAGGGCCUGCUGACGGCGGUGGUGGUGGACGAUAAGCCGUGUGAGCUGUACUGCUCGCCCCUGGGGAAGGAGUCCCCGCUGCUGGUGGCCGACAGGGUCCUGGACGGCACGCCCUGUGGGCCCUACGAGACCGACCUCUGCGUGCACGGCAGGUGCCAGAAGAUCGGCUGCGACGGCAUCAUCGGGUCAGCGGCCAAAGAGGACCGGUGCGGGGUGUGCAGCGGGGACGGCAAGACCUGCCGCGUGGUCAAGGGCGACUUCAGCCACUCCCGGGGGACAGGCUAUAUCGAAGCUGCUGUCAUUCCUGCCGGAGCUCGGAGGAUCCGCGUGGUGGAGGACAAACCCGCCCACAGUUUCCUAGCCCUCAAAGACUCCAGUCGGAGGUCCAUCAACAGCGACUGGAAGAUCGAGCUCCCCGGAGAGUUCCAGAUCGCCGGCACCACGGUCCGCUACGUCCGCAGGGGCCUGUGGGAGAAAAUUUCUGCCAAGGGACCGACCAAAAUUCCCCUGCACUUGAUGGUGUUGUUAUUUCAUGACCAGAAUUACGGAAUUCACUACGAGUACACCAUCCCCGUGAACGCCACAGCUGAGAAUCAGAGCGAACCCGAGAAACCCCACGACUCCUUGUUCAUCUGGACCCACAGCGGCUGGGAGGGGUGCAGUGUGCAGUGUGGAGGAGGGGAACGCAGGACCAUCGUGUCCUGCACGCGCAUCGUGAACAAGACCACGACGCUGGUGAAUGACAGCGAGUGCCCCGCAGCAAGCCGCCCGGAGCCCCAGGUCCGAAGGUGCAACUCACACCCAUGCCAGGCACGGUGGGUGGCCGGCCCGUGGAGCCCCUGCUCCGCGACCUGCGAGAAGGGCGUCCAGCAGCGGGAGGUGACCUGCGUGCACCAGCUGCCGAAUGGCACCCACGUCACCACGCGGCCCCUCUACUGCCAGGGCGCCCGGCCUGCACCCGUGCAGAGCUGCGAGGGCCAGGACUGCCUGUCCAUCUGGGAAGCGUCCGAGUGGUCACAGUGUUCCGCCAGCUGUGGCCACGGCACGCAGAAGCGCACGGUGACCUGCACCAACUCCCAAGGGAAGUGCGACGCGUCCACCCGGCCCCGCGCGGAGGAGGCGUGCGAGGACUACUCCGGCUGCUACGCGUGGAGGACCGGGGACUGGUCCAAGUGCUCCUCCACCUGUGGGAAGGGCCUGCAGUCCCGCGUGGUGCAGUGCAUGCACAAGGUCACCGGGCGCCAUGGCAACGAGUGCCCCACCCUCUCGAAGCCGGCGGCCUACAGGCAGUGCCACCAGGAGGUCUGCAAUGACAAGAUCAAUGCUGUUGUAUGCACCAGCCCGCGGGCUGCCCUGACCUAUAAGUGCACGCGGGACCAGUGGACCGUGUACUGUCGGGUCAUCCGGGAAAAGAACCUUUGCCAGGACAUGCGGUGGUACCAGCGUUGCUGCCAGACGUGCAGGGACUUCUACGCCAACAAGAUGCGCCGACCACUGCCCCCGCCCUCACCAAGCUCAUGACACGCGCUCCCGCAGUCCCGCCACACUCCAGGGCCAGCUGAACACCCACCCAUCUGAGGGCACAGCAGUCCUGCAGCCAGGAUCCUCCAGAGCACAGCGCCCCUCCCCCCAGGCCAUCCCAAGAAUCCAGUCCCCGUAGAACUCAAGUGUGGACUUGACCUUUGCCUUGGUGCUUUUAUACUUAAUAUAUUGUUCAGAGCCACUGGCUGGCUUUCUGCAGUAAGGGGAAGAUAGGCCUGAGCCACAGAAUCGGCACAGUCUCGAAGGUUCCCUGGACCUCGGCGGGGGCACCUCUGACAACCGACAGCAGAGCAAGAUGUCAUUGGCCGCCUCUGCCUCCACUCUCUUCUGAGGUCCGGAUUCCUGGUGCUUCGUGUAUCACGGGGUGGAGCAGCCCAAACGGGACCGUGGACAUGCAAUCAGGCUUUAUUCUGAAAGCCAGCGGCACCCUGGGCGGAAGGACAGAUGCCGG